GCCCCGUCCCCGCCCCGAGCGCCCGCAGCCGCCGCCGCCGCCCGGGAGCGCGGCUCCCCGGGCCGCCCGCCGCCCCCAUGAUGACCGCCAAGGCGGCGGACAAGCUCCCGGUGCCCCUCGGCGGGUUCCCGCACCAGCUGCCCGAGGGCAUCUACCCCGCGGACGACAUCUCCGCCGCGCUGCCGACUUCGGUCGCGAUCUUCCCCAAUGCCGACCCCGCGGGGCCGUUCGACCAGAUGAGCGGCGUGGCCGCAGACGGCAUGCUCGGCGUGGACAUGGGCGACAAGCGGGCCCUGGAGCUCCCCUACGGCGGCGGCUUCGCGCCCGGCGCCCCGACCUCCCGCAACCAGACCUUCACCUACAUGGGCAAGUUCUCCAUCGACCCGCAGUACCCCGGCGCCGGCUGCUACCCCGAGGGCAUCAUCAACAUCGUGAGCGCGGGCAUCCUGCAGGGGGUCAGCGCGCCCGCCUCCGCCGCCUCCGCCGCCUCCUCCGCCGCCUCCUCCGCCUCCUCCUCGGCCACCGCCGCCUCCGCCGCCUCCCCCGGAGCGCUGCCCGGGGCGCUGGGCUGCGGCAUGGCGCAGGGCCCGCCAGCCGAGCUGGAGCACCUCUACUCGCCGCCGCCGCCGCCCUACUCGGGCUGCGGGGAGCUGUACCCGCAGGACCCCUCCUCGGCCUUCCUGCCCGCCGCCGGCGGCGGGGCGCUGCCCUUCCCCCCGCCGCCCUCCUACCCCUCCCCGAAGGCGGCGGCGGCCGACGGCGGGCUCUUCACCGUCAUCCCCGAGUACGGCGGCUUCUUCCCGCCGCCCCAGUGCCAGCGGGAGCUGCACGCCGGCCCCGACCGCAAGCCCUUCCCCUGCCCCCUCGACUCGCUCCGCGUCCCGCCGCCGCUCACGCCGCUCUCCACCAUCCGCAACUUCACCAUGGGGGCGGCCCCGGCGGGCGCCGCUCCCGGCUCUGCCCCCGGAGGCGGCGGCGGCGGCGGCGGCGGAGCUGGGGAGGGCGCAAGGCUGCCCGCGGGCGCAUACAGCCCGCACCACCUGCCGCUGCGGCCCAUCCUGCGGCCCCGCAAAUACCCCAACCGGCCCAGCAAGACGCCGGUGCACGAGCGGCCCUACCCCUGCCCGGCCGAGGGCUGCGACCGCCGCUUCUCCCGCUCCGACGAGCUCACCCGGCACCUCCGCAUCCACACGGGCCACAAGCCCUUCCAGUGCCGCAUCUGCAUGCGCAACUUCAGCCGCAGCGACCACCUCACCACCCACAUCCGCACCCACACCGGCGAGAAGCCCUUCGCCUGCGACUUCUGCGGGAGGAAGUUCGCCCGCUCCGACGAGAGGAAGCGGCACACCAAGAUCCACCUGCGCCAGAAGGAGCGCAAGGGCGCGGGGGCCGCCGCCGCCCCGCAGCCCGGAGCCGGCGGCAGCGGGGCCGCCCUGGGUCCCUGCGCGGCGCGGACGCGGACGCCCUGAGCCGGGCGCGGGGCGCGGGGGCGG